AUGCUGGUGGGUAUAUACCGCCGCUCCUCUUCCUCAGGGUUAUGGUUAUCGGCCGCCAUCUCAAGUGGGUAUCCUGGUCAGCCCGGAUACAGAAAUCCAUCAGUGCAACAACAGCCAUCUCAGGGUCGUGGGUAUCCUGGUCAGCCUAGAUACAGAAAUCCACCAGUGCAACAACAACCAUCUCAGGGUCGUGGCUAUCCUGGUUAUGCAGGUCGUGCUGAAACCUUACAAGCAGGCUUCUGGAUUGACUCGACAAGGCUUACCAGAGUUCCAUCAAUUAAAAAAAAAAAAAGUGCAUUGAAGCCAAUGGAGAUUAGAUCUGCAGUCUUUAAGAAAGACUUUGUGGUGGCACCAGCAUCAGAAGCUGAAUUAACUGAAAGUAAACCUGCUAAAUCUUCGGCCUGUUGUGUGGCUAAGAUUCCUUACAAUGUAACUGCUCAAGACCUUCCUUCUUCUUUGAAACCACCGAAAAAGCGGCUCAAACCUGAUGAUUAUGGAAAUGAUGUAGCAAACAGCACAAGCGGAACUAGUGGGAAUCCAACGCCGGCGCUCCCUCAGAGAUAUGGGUAUAUACCGCCUCCUCCUCCUCGGGGAAAUGGUUAUCGGCAGCCAUCUCCGGCUUGUCGGUAUCCUGGUCAGCCCGGACACGGAUAUCCACCAGUGCAACAACCGCCUAAGAAGAACAAUUUUGGAGCAUGGGUAGGAGCUGGAGCUGGAGCUGCAGCUGGGUUGAUGGGAGGACAUAGACUUGACAGGGGGGCUGGGCCGCCCCGUGGCCUGGCCGCUGCUGUUUGGGCGUAG